AUGGGGGAUCUGAAGGAAUUCCUAGCCAGAGGGGAAUAUGGAAAGCUGAAGGACUGUCCCCUUUUUGAAGGCAAUUUUGUACAGGUCACCAAAUUUGGGGAGUUAGCCAACAGGGUCACCAUGGGCAUUGUUGCCAGCAGUCCAAGCUUGAAGCUGCCUGACCUUAUGUUGCUGGCACAGCCAGUGGAAAACCAACUAGAGGAAUGUGCAAUCAAGCAUAGAAAACCCAAGUGUGCCCCUCAAGAAGAACUGCAACUUAUUGCGCUCCUGCCACUGAAGUUUGUCCGGAUCUUCAUCCAUGAUGAGAGACGAUAUCAAUUUAAAGUUAGCCUGGCCAGCGGCCGCAGGUUCUAUCUGCAGCUUGUGGCUCAUCCUCAAAAACUGGACUGUAUCUUUUGGCAGUGGGUACGGCUGUUCUACCUUCUGCACUUUUACCAAAAUGAUGCUCCAUCACCUACCACCAGGGUUACCUGA